AUGAUGGGUGGCUUGCCUAGCUUGGGCCCGCUGGCCUUGGCCCUGAUCAUCGCCAUCUUCGUCGCUUCUGCGGCCGACGUCAAACACAUCGACAACGCACCAGUGCCCGGUGCUGUCACCUCUCUGCCCCCGUCUGCCACCACUGUGCUGGAGCGCGAGGAGUUUUACGUGAGCCAAAACGCUCACCAUGCCGACCACCCAGCCCCACACAACUGGUUGUACAACUACGUCGAUCGCAUUGUUGUGGCCACGCUGCAAGAACGCCGUGAGCAUAUGCGCCAGUUCCUCGAUCACAUCAACGUCGACGCCAUCCUCUUUGACGUUCACCUGGGCUCGGAGGCGCGUGAGUCGGCCACGGACAUUGAGGCACGGUACAUCAAGGAAAUGGACCGCAAGUUCAACGGGGGCACGAAGCUGGCCCUCGUGCACACCAAGCGCGAUAUCGCACAUAAUGGGCUGGCGGCUGGUGCCGAGCGUCUCUUCUUCUUCGAGGACGACUUGGCCAUUGACAGCUUGAACGUGACGGACCUGCAACAGCGUUUCGCCAACAUGUGGAGCGUGCUGCCGCCGCGCUGGAACAUUUUCAACUUUGGUCGCUGCUAUGCGUUUUGUGACAAGCAGAUUCAGUUCCCACACAACGUUGUCCAGGACCUGUUUUCUCUCUGCCAUCAGAGCAUCAUUUUUGACAACGUGACGAUGGCGGCGCUCGAGGAUGCAUUUACGCAUCACCUGCUCCCGCUGGGUGCGGAUGUGAUUUUGGGGCGCUUGAUGGUUCGCGGACAGCUCGUUACCAUGGGUAGCAAGAAGCCCAUUUUUCGCCAAGCACGCAAGACCAUUACAAGCACCUUGUUUCAAGAAGGCGACGCUCGAGGCAGCAAGCAGCCUCCUUUGUGCAUGUCUGCACAUAAGCAACGCACCUUUCGACACAGUAAACUCAAGUACUUGGGGCAUCCAACCUUUGAUCUCUUUGCCAACUCGAGCGUUCCCGUCUUUCGCAUCAAUGUGACUGAAGCCUUUGGCCCAGACCCGUACGAGGUGUCCAAGAACUUUUAG